UUACCGACGCGCACGCACACGCUGGUCUUAUAAAUUCAUCCUUUCUGGAUCAUUCUCCGCUGCAUCCUCUCGGUUGUUGGUACAACAGCGGAUUAUACUGCCUUUCCCUUCCUCCCCCCCCCCCCCUCCCCCUCCCUCAAACUGUUGAGUCGCUUAAUUAAUGAUAAUUCAGAUUGAGAGAAUUUUGGGGAGAGAGCAGAGCAACCUGGCCAGAACUCGGUAAAAGGAACAAUAGAUCACUAGCUCUGAGUCCAAGGGUCCAUUUUAAUUUGCUAUCGUUCUGCAAAUAGAAAAGUUAAAUAUCAACUUCAGGAACCAUCAACAAACAUGGCAACAAAUAAUCCUAUUAAACAAUCAAUCAUCAAAGAAGAGGUAGUGGCAAAAGGCAAAUGGGCUCAACUCUUACAGACAACUUACAUUGAUCCUACUGGCAAAACCAGGGUUUGGGAAACAGUGAAACGAACAACCAGAAAACCUAACAGUAAUUCUGAUGGAGUAGCUGUACUGGCUGUGCUGAAAAAAACUCUGCAUUAUGACUGUUUGAUUAUGGUGAAACAGUUCAGGCCGCCAAUGGGAUGCUACUGCCUGGAACUACCAGCAGGUCUCAUAGAUGAUGGUGAAACUGCAGAGGUCGCUGCUUUACGAGAGCUUUUGGAAGAAACUGGAUACAGAGGAGAGAUCAUGGAAACAUCGCCAGCUUUGUGUCUGGAUCCUGGAUUGACCAACUGUACAAUGAACUAUGUAACUGUUAAUAUUAAUGGAGAUGAUUCAGAAAACCUCAGACCGAAACAGAGGCUGGAUGAUGGAGAGUUUAUUGAGGUUAUUUUAAUUCCUGUGAAUGAACUCCGUAAGAAACUUGAUGAAAUGCUCCAGAAGGAAAAUAUUGUCGUGGAUGCUCGAGUUUAUGUCUUUGCAAUGGGUCUGAUGUACGCCUCUUCAAAGCCCAACAUGUUGCCUGUUUUGAAAGCUUGAAGGUGUAAAGGUCCCCUCAUCUGCAAUUGAUGCUCAACACAAGGAAAUAUUUAACCCAAAUUUUGUAUUCUGCCCUUGUAAUAAGGAAUGAUGGACCUUUUUUUUCUAGAAUGUAAUAACAUUGAUAUAAUUAUCUAGAUUUAAGAAGCCAGGUUUGCUGAACUGUCUUAUUCACAAAACAAACAUAUCCACAAUAUGCUGCUGACAUCACAACAUCAUUUCAACCUUUCCCCUGAGCACUUGUAAAAUCCAGAAGGAUAAAUGUGCAUGGACUUAGUAAUUAAAUUAUAUAUUUUUUUAAACAUACUCAACUUUCAAAUUUUUUUGCCUCUGGUGCAGAAAGUUGCUUGUGGGUCUGAUGACCAGGGCCAGUGCAGAUCAGAGUGAGAUGGUCAAGUGAUAGUUGAAACUCCUUUUGAAAAUUAUUGGUAAGACUUUUUUGGUUUGACAGAAAUGUGGAAUGUGAUCUGAACAUUGAGAAGACUCUGGAAUCCCAUGUAAUGGAAUUUGACUUAUGCAGCCGCCUUAAACCAGUGGCCUUAACAAAACUCUGAAAUAUCAGCGUUAAGAAGAGUUAAUUUUGGUCAGCUGUUUAUCUGACACAAGAAGAAACUCAUUACCAUUUUCACCUCCAAAUCAAGAGACAGGGUAUUCAGAAAUCCGCAGGGUUUCCUAUUUGCCCAGUCUGGAGUGUACUUUCUAUUCAGACUUAUUCAAGUUUCCCAUUGUUGUACAGUCAAAAUCACUGCCAUUAAGAUAUUGGCUUGAGGGUUAGCUGGAGUCAGUUUGUGGGGAUCAUAGCCUUCCAGGCCCGACUCACCCUACCCCUCCAGGGCUCCAUUAAUAAGUUAGAAUGGAGGUUCAGUGCCCUCAAGUAUAUUGUACAGCCAGUCUCAAAUAUUGGAUUACUGAUUCUGAUGCAGAGAGCAGACUUGGUUCAAACUUUAGUUGCCCCAUGUAUCUCAUCUCCGCCUCAAAGGUACCUUCCUUGUCUCCCUAACACCACCUCUCUUCCCCACCCACCAAGAGUAGUCACCAGUUCGUUAUCAGGGAACAAGGGAGUAUGGGUUUCAGCCCUCACCAGGUGGACGGCUGGUAUAAGGACUUUCUCAGGUGGCAUGGUGAACAUAACUCUCCGUAAAAUGUGAGCAUUCUGUCAAGAUCACCUAACAACUGCACAGAUGCACAACAUUCCUCCAUCAAAUGAUUCAUUACACCAUUUUUGACAUGAGCUGCUUUAAUGUUGUUUUGUUUGCCUAUCAUUAACUGACUCUCAGUAGGUACGAAAUCCUGGAUAUAAUGUCAGGAACAGGACAUACUUCCUUCACAUUCGUUAGUUGAUUUUUGUUGUUCUUAAAUGAGAAUAUUUCAUUUGGAUUGCUAGUGCUGCUUUUAUAUACUGAUGGGGUCCACAAAACAUUGCUUUGCACCAUGCAACUAACUUUAACAGGUUAGAAAAGUAAUGCAUUGAACAAAAAACAUGCUGUAGAUACUGUUGCAGUGUUUUAGAAUAGAACAGACUGCCAUAGCAUUUGAUUUGAUAAUUAAUUCCAGCUUUAUUGACUAGUCUUUUUGUUAAAGAUAUCAAUUUUUUACAGAUUCAGUGCAGGUUAAUGCCAUACUUUUACCUUACUUUUACUAUUAUGUAUAUAUCUGCUGUAAAUGUCUGAGGGAAUGAUUAAAGUUGUUUAGAAUGGA